UUUCUUGCGACUGCCAGCCUCAGGUAUGAAGGCCUGCUUAGUAUUCCUUUGCUUACUGGCAGCAACAUUUGCUCUGUCUGUGAAAAGUAAACCUCAUGGAAAGCAUCAUGGGUUGCAUAAGAGUUUGCACACAACCAAAGAAAAGGAUGCUAUCACAGUGGAAGCCAAUAAGCCAAAGCUCUUACCCACUCUAGUCACAUUUGAGGCCAGCAGCCAGGAGCAGGAAGACGAGGAACUGAGUUCCGAAGACAACGCUAACAAGGAAGAUGGAGAGAGGGCUGAAAAGCGAGAGAAAAGCACUGCAGUUCUGUUGAGUGAAGAAGAACUGGUAGACCUCCUGACGAAAGAGGCUGAAGAGGAAGAUGAAGCUGAAGUAAGAGAGCUGGAGGAGGAAGAAGUAGAAGCUGACAAAGCCAAGGUUGAGUCUAGUGAGGUGGUUGAGGUCGCUGAGGAUCAGGAGAAGUUGGAUGAGAAUUCAGAGACAAAGAAACAUUUGCUGGAUGAGGAAGAAGUGAAAGAAGACAGUGUGGAAGAUGUGAUAGAGGAGAAGGUGCAGAAGAUGACCCAUUCAGAAAGGAAGGAAGAGCCUACUGAAGCACUGCUAGAGGAAGAUGGCAGCACAGCAUCAGUGAUUCCAGUUGAUCUGGACUAUGCUGCUGAUAGCAGCCUCCUACAACCUCUACAGACUGCAUCAGCUAACGACAAAACCCACUCUGAUGACACCAAGCCUACUUCAAAAACAGACAUCAGAGAGAAAGAAACCAGUGGGAAAGAAAUGGCCAAUAUCGCUGAUGACUAUGAACAAGGAAUGCAAAACACAGAGGCAGCACACAGUGAGGAGGUGUCUGAUCAGACACAGGACAAAGAUUCCUCAGACCAAGACGUAAGCGCCAAGAAAGAACCUGAAGCAAAUGUGGAUCAUCCAGAGCCAAAGGGCGAUGCAGAGCUUGAAUUGAGGGCCACUCUAUCUGGAAAGGAGGAAGAGAAGAGCAAGAAUGUGGGUGGAAGUCACACUAAGGGGAAAACGAGGAAGCAAAAGAAAAACCAAAGGUCAAGGAAGCACUCUCCGGACAGGGAGGAAACACAACCCGGACAAGAAGAGGGCCGACAGGAUCCUGAGUCUGAGAGCAGCAGCACUGACAAUACAGACCAAAAGACAAAGAGGAGAAGGGCAGGAAAAUGGGGUCCUUUAGUUGGUGUGAAUCCGGUGCAGAUAAGAGCCGCAGCCGAUCUGUACCCAAGGUCCAGGCCCUCUCUUGGCGGAGGCAUACAUCUCCCAGAAACCCCUACUGAUCCAUGUGAAAACUUCCGUUGCAAACGUGGAAAAACAUGCAAACUUGAUGCGGACAAUAAGCCAGGUUGUGUGUGUCAAGAACCGUCAGAGUGUCCUCCCAGUGUGAAUGAGUUUGACUAUGUUUGUGGGACAGACAACAAAACGUAUGACACAUCAUGUGAACUCUUUGCUACUAAAUGCAACUUAGAGGGCACUAAGAAAGGACACAGACUUCACCUAGACUACACUGGGCCAUGCAAAUUGAUACCUCCAUGUGUGGACACUGAGCUGGUGCAGUUUCCUCUACGAAUGAGAGAUUGGCUCAAAAACGUGCUGCUCCAGCUCUACGAACAUGACUCCAUAACUCCUGGCUUCCUCACUCCUAAACAGCGUUUCAGAGUGAAGAAAAUCUUUGAGAGUGAGAGGCGCCUUCAUGCAGGCGAUCACUCUGUUGAGCUUCUCGCACAGGAUUUUGAGAAGAACUACAACAUGUACAUCUACCCAGUACACUGGCAGUUUGCUCAGCUGGACCAGCACCCAUCUGAUAGGGUUUUGUCCCACUCAGAGCUGGCCCCUCUCAGGGUCCCCCUGGUGCCAAUGGAGCACUGCACCUCUCGCUUCUUUCAGGAGUGCGAUGCUGACAAAGACAAACUGGUAUCAUUUAAGGAGUGGAUCACCUGUUUUGAUAUCAGGAAUGAGGACAUGGAUGCCAACCUGCUUUUCUGAGCUUCGCUUUGUUCCUCAUCUACUACAUAAGCUUGCAAAAGCUGCUCCAGUGUUGUAGCUUGAACAU